UUUCACCACUUUACUGAUGGUGAUCACCGUCUCUUACCAAACUCCCGGAAUGAUAAUGGAUGGAAUCUCUUUCCCAGUGAACACAACCUGGGAUAACACCAUGUGUAAUUCCUGGAGAUAUUCCUGGGUGCAAGUGGAAGUUUCUGCAGGAUCUCAUUACAUCCAGCAGCUCUGGUACCAUGAUUUGUGGGCUGUGUCCUACAGCUUUAGUAGUAAUAUGACUGUGGCCUCCACCAUGGCCGGGAACACCAGCGACUCCUUCAACUUCUAUGGAACAAACACAAUUUGCUUCUGCCAAGACUCACCGCAGAGCACAAAAAGUCCUGUGAGCAAGAGCAGCGCCCCAACUGUGGCUCCCACUGUGGCCCCUACAUACACAAGCCAGACCAGCACGAGCUGCCAAGGUGACAUGGCUGAUAUCUACAUCGUGAUGAUGUCACUGGCCUGGUGGGAUGCUCUGCGCUAUUGUCGUCUUCACUACACAGAUUUAUUCAGUGUCCCAGACAGCAGCACCCAGGGCCUGGUGGCCGGAGCCAUUAGGAACAUUACUGGACAGUCAGCUGGUCUGUGGAUUGGCCUUAAACGGCACAGAGUAUGGGGCUACCUGUACUGGACAGAUGGGGAACCCACAGACUACAUCAACUGGGGAGAGGACGAGCCGGUAGAUCCCUGGAGCAAUAUGUGCACUGCCAUGGCCCCAGACAAGAACUUCACCUGGAGUAACCAAUGCUGUGACAUAAAGCUAAAAUUUAUAUGUUACUGA